AUGAAGCUCCCUUCAUGGCUGUGUCCAUCAGAUGCAAAUCGACCUCCUUUAUUACGACUGUUUGUUUUAUUGACAUACCUUAGACCGUUCGCCCAAGCCAUCACCUUCAACCCCAUACCACCCGCUAAUCUUAAUCUUGAUGACUUGGGUCGAGUUGGUCUGGCCGGCGAUUUCAGUGGCAUUUCACUCUAUCAGUUCGAGGGACAGAAUGAAAAUGGAUUCAGCACAAACGGCAGCCAAUCCGUGCUCGGGCGAUUUCCGAAUGGCGGCUUUGCAACGUUGGCAUUGGCGGAUGCAGGGAUUCAGGCCAUGUGCUCCUUUAUAAUGCAGAAUGGAGUAAUGGCCGGUGUGGUUGUGGGAGGGAAUUUCACAAGUUUGGGUGGCAUCGAGUCGCAAGGCGCCGCAUUGUUCAAUCAGAAUACCUCCGCCAUAACACCACUCACUGGAUUAUCUGGGCAGGUGUCUGCGUUACUGUGUGAUGAAGCGACAAACACCGUGUAUGUGGGAGGAAGUUUCAAAGCAGCAAACUCGACAAACGCCAUUGUUUGGGUUGGGACCGCCGGCUGGACAAACCUGCCCUUCUCUGGCUUCAAUGGACCUGUCACAUCCAUCAACAAGGCGUCCGAUGGUCAUAUUAUUUUUGGGGGAUCAUUUACGGGCUUGGGAAACGCUACAGGUCCCAGUCUUCCAGAUCAACAGGUCAUCAACAUCUCUGGGGGAAACAUCACAAGUGGCUCUUCAACUUCAGCAACAGGUUUCAGCGAUCCCAGGAACAUUGUCUGCAAGACUAGUGGCACCGACGGGGCUGGCAACACUUGGCUCCUUGCUGAUAAUACCCCAGGCUUCUGGAAGGCUUCUUUUGGCUUCGGUUUUCAACCUACAAAAUUGAGGCUCUGGAAUACUCAUCAAGAUGGCCGAGGAACUCAGACAUGGAGAUACACGGCGUUCCCAAUCAAUGGUAUCAUGAACUUCACUUAUAUCGAUCCGGCAACGGGACAAAACGCUUCGUGCACAUCUGAAUGCCCUCUGAGCAGCAACUCGAGCGUAAAAUUUCAGGAUUUCCAUUUCGUCAACGUGAUUGGGAUGAACGGGUUUCAGAUCGAUAUCUCGGCUUGGUAUGGCAAGGGGGGUGGUCUUGACGGAAUCGAGUUGUUCGAGGACGAUAUCUUCUCUUAUGCAAUCGACGACUUCAACGAGCCGACUUGCGCUGGAAUUCAAAUAGCGUCGAGCGUAACCAGAACUGGGCCGUGGGUCGUCACUCCUUCCCAACAGAGCUCCUCCGAAUACCUGUCAGCUUCUCUUUCAGCUUCUCAGUCUGCAUCCGUUGUUUUCCUGCCAGACAUCAAGCAGUCUGGAAAUUACUCGGUCAACAUGUAUACACCCGGGUGUAUUCAAGACAAUACCUGUACCACAAGAGGCAGGGUCAACAUCACGGGCGUCAUGUCAUCCGGGAUGACCAAUUCUGGGUUCCAAACUGAAAUCUUCCAGACAAAUAACUUCGAUAAGUAUGACCAAAUAUACUUCGGAUAUAUCGAAGCUGGGAGUGCUACUUUCCGUCCCUCUGUCACCCUCUCGCCAGCUACAGGUCAGGAUUUAACCAACUUCUCAAUUGUCGCUCACCGAGUCGGCUUUGCCCUUAUUUCCCCGAGUGGUGGACUAAACAGUCUCUUUGAGUAUGAUCCCACGCAGGCAGUAGUGGAUACAUCGACCUUCGCCAAUUCAACCUUUGAUCAGGCUGGGGCGAGCCUUCCAACUGGUGCUGGAGUCAAUGCCCUGCAAACUUUGGGAGACACGACUUAUGUGGGCGGAAAUUUCACCACCAGCACGUUCAACAAUAUAUUUGCGGUCAGCAAAUCUGGGACCACCACGCUAAGUGGAAGUGGCCUUAACGGCGAAGUCACGACAAUGUUCCUCAAUGGCUCACUACUCUACGUUGGAGGCAGAUUUUCAAACACCAGCACUGGAGGAAGCAUCGGCCUAAACAACGUAGCCGCCUACGAUACGUCGAAGAACACCUGGGACGCUCUUGGUGCGGGUGUGAAUGGGCUGGUGACGAACAUUGUUCCUCUAUUGAUGAACAUUACCUCCAACCAUCCGGAAACUGUCAUAGCCCUCACAGGAGACUUCACCCAGAUUCUCUCUUUUGGAAGUAACGGCUCAGUAGUUGCCGCUGGAUUCGCUGUCUGGGUGCCAUCUCGAAACAAUUGGCUCCAAAAUUUACCAACCUCAACAAUGGCCAUCAAUGGAGUACUCACGGCGUCUGCAGAUCUUCCUGGCGGUGGAUCUGUCUUCGCCGGUUCUCUGUCCUCGUCACAGCUCAGCGCCAAUGAUGCAGUCGCUUUAUCUUCAGGAAUCAGUUCUUUCCCAGUGCAUAUUCAGCCAACAGCGCAAACAUCAGGUAGCCUCUCGAAGCGUGCAACGAGCAGCCAAAAUAUCAGUGGCGUUGUUACCGGAUUGUUCUAUAAUAACGGAGGACGAAAUGUGACCAUCCUUGGUGGCCAUUUUACCGCGACAGGCACUAAUGGAUCCAAUGUCAACAAUCUCGUCUUCAUAAACGGAUCAAACUCUGACACGGUCACUGGUGUUGGUCCUUCGCUUUCACAAGACUCGACCAUUCUGGCAUUGGCUCUGCAGGGAGAUACUCUUUAUGCUGGAGGAACUCUGACUGGAACCGUAAAUGGUGGGAGUGUGAACGGCUUGAUCUCCUUCAAUCUGAUUACGUCGUCCUUCAAUACCCAACCACCAGCUCUUGCUGGAGGGAAUGUCAAUGCCAUAUCUACUCGACCAAGCUCUGCCGAUGUAUAUGUUGGUGGAAGCUUCUCCGCUGCUGGUUCACUCAGCUGUCCAGCUGUCUGUGUUUUUUCCGCCUCGCAAUGGGAUCGACCGGGAAGCAGUCUCGGUGGCGUCGCGAAUGCAAUGGUAUGGGGAAGUCAGAACAGUCUCGUUGUUGGUGGGGCUCUAUCUGUGAACGGAGCCAAUACUUCUCUCGCAACCUACGAUGUCAAGGCUCAGAACUGGACGGCCGGGGUUGGAGCAACUGCGAUUCCUGGUCCCGUCACCGCUCUUGCAGCGGCCAACAGUGACGCAUCGCAGCUCUGGGUUGCAGGAACUGCAAUGAAUGGCUCGACCUUCCUCAUGAAGUUCGACGGCACGAAUUGGAACUCGGUCAGCGCAGGCUUGGGCAGUGGUUCUACCAUUCGUGGCCUUCAAGUCCUAUCGCUCAGCAAGAACCACGCAUCCACCAGCCUCGUUCCUGCAAGCGAGACACUACUAGUCACUGGUUCAUUGAAUCUCCCAGGUUUUGGGGAUUCGUCUUCAGCUCUCUUUAAUGGCACGACCUUCCAGCCCUUCGCACUCACAACUACCGCUGCCAACACUGCUGGAAGUCUCUCUCAAAUCUUCUCGCAAAACCAAAAUUUCUUUUCCAGCCCAGGUGGCCAUCUUGCCAAAGGCUUCGUUGUUCUCAUCGCCCUGGGCAUCGCUCUGGCCUUGACCUUCCUUCUCGUCGUGGCCGGUGUCAUCGCUGAACGGAUCCGGAAAAAGCGAGAAGGCUACUCACAAGUAUCCGCUUUCGACCGGAGCGGUGGCAUGUCGAGAGUCCCACCCGAACAACUCUUCAGCUCUCUGGGCCAAGGCCGGAGCGGAGUGGAAAAACAAAGCGCCAUGAUUUGA